UCAAUUAUAUGUGAUUGAUUUGAAAAAAUGGCCGAGAAGUUUGUGGAACAAUUGGACUGUUAACAGAGUUGGCAAACCAAAACAGUAAAUAUGCAUGGCAAAAGAAAAACUAUGGAAAAUUGUUUGCUGAGUGACGAUGAAGUAGGCCUAAUCUUCGAAAGGUUAAGCGACCCAGAUGAUAGAAAAUCCUUCUCCAAAGUCUGCAAGCAAUGGCUGAGAGUGGAGGGUCUAACCCGACCAUCAAUUCUUCUCCUCGGACCUGAAUUUCUCAGUCAAUUCCCCAAUUUAGUCACAUUCGAAACGUCCAAGGAUAUCAGCGAAACCGACCUCAAAUUCAUAGCUAAAACCUGUCCCAAUAUCGAGGUGAUCAACCUUAAUUCCAAAGGCCGUCUUUGACAUUGCAGACAAAGCAGGUUUAUGCGCUUUGGCAAGAGGGUGUCCCAAAUUGUCUCGGGUUUCGCCUAGAGGGAGAGUUUCGUUUGUAAACUUAGCACAUAAUUUACAUACUUAGAUUUGAAUAAUUGUUUCUUCUCCAUCAAUGACAGAUCCCUUGAAGCAAUUGGGUCAUCCUGCUCUAUUAGCUAUUUGAAUUUGGAAUGGUGUUUUGGCAUUACGGAUAGAGGAUUGGGUUUUCUGGCAAAUGGGACUGUCUCAAAAACCCUCUAGACAUCGGUCCUUGCUUGGUGCUCUAAAAUUACUGGUGUUGGGGUCUUGCGGUUGCAGAAGAUGCAUUGCUUGGAGGACCUGAAUUUGGCUCACUUGUCAUCAGAUGUCACCGACAUCGGAGGUGUGGCAAUCUCGGGUUGUCAAAACACUCAAGAGAUUGAACUUGUACGCGGGGGUCGAGAGUGUUGUUGCUCUUGCUGAAAAUUGCCUCAGCUUGGAGAGGCUUGAUUUAAGUUGGUGUUCGGUGACUGGAGCUGGUAUUCGUAAGUUUUCAAGUCAUAUGUGCUUAGAAUCUCUUGUGUUGCGCUUAUAUGGUGAGUAUCUCAAUGCAUGUGAUGUGGAACAUGUGAUACUUGGAUGCCCUUCACUAAAGUCUAUUGUGGUCGACACAGUGACUAGUUAGUGGCUGCUGCCUCUAUUAAUGCAACAGAGUACUAGAAGAUUCUUGACGGUGGAAGACGUACUAAUGUCCGGUUGGAAUUCCGUUUACUCAUCUUUGCCAAUAACAAAAGGAAAGCAAAUCCUAGAUUGGGAAAAGCCCAAGAUUGGACUGAGCAUGUUUAGGGCCGUCUGGCUUUAUCAAAUCCCUAGCCCAACCCAUUUGACAUGUCCUCGCGGAAAGUGCAUAGUAGACUACACCAUGGGGAUGACUCUGUUGGUCGUUUCAGCGAGAUGAGUGGAAAGGGGAAGACGGUUUCAGAAGCCAAAAAAGUAUGCAAAAUUUCUGUAAUGGAUGAUGAGGAUCUGCUUGCUCUAAUCGCCAAUAAGAUUAGCAACCCAGAUGAUAGAAGAUCAUUUUCGGAGGUCUGCAAGCAAUGGCUGAGAGUGGAAGGUCUAAACCGAUCAUCCCUUCGUCUUCUCCGAUCCGAAUAUCUCCGUCAGGUACUCCCUAGAUUCCCAAAUUUACUCACAUUUGAAACUUCCAAGCCUAUCACUCAAACCAACCUCAAGUUCAUACCUCAAACUUGUCGCGAUCUCGAGGCCAUCAACCUCAGGACCAAAGAUCACCCUCCAUUCAAGAAAAGUCCUGACUAUUGGGUCGAUGGUAUGAGCGUUUUGGCAAAGGGGUGUCCCAAACUAUCCCGGGUUAUGCUUAGACGGAGAUCGGUGAAUGUUCAUCUUACGUUUUUAAACUCAGCACACAAUUUGACACAUUUGGAUUUGGGACAUUGCUUGGUCUUGGACGAAGACCUCGAAGCAAUUGGGUCUUGUAGUUCGAUUAGCUACUUGAAUUUGAAAUGGGGUCUAAUCACGGAUGAAGGUUUGGGUUUUCUGGCAAAUGGUUCUUGCUCGAAAACCCUCAAGACAUUGAUCCUUGCUUAGUGUGACGAGAUUACAGAUGUUGGGGUCUCGCUUUUGCACAAAAUGAGCUGCUUGGAGUAGCUGAAUUUGGCUUGGUUGUCAUAAGUUACUGACAUUGGAGGUGUCGCAGUCUCGGAAAUUGGAACACUCAAGAAAUUGAACUUGAGUUCGCUGUAUAAAAUCUCAGACUGCACCAUUGCUGCUCUUGCUGAGAACUGCCGCAACUUGGAGGUGCUUAAUAUAAGUCGUUGUUCUUUGGUAACUGGAGCUGGUAUUCGUGCAUUUUCAACUCAUCCGUACUUAGAAUCUCGUGUAUGAUGGGAACACGUAGUACUUGGGUGUCCUUCAUUGAAGUCUGUUGUGUUGAAAUCAGGGAGAAUUACGUGCAUGCUGCCUCUAAUGCAACUGAACACUCGGAAAUUCCUGAGGUUCGAAGAUUAAUGGGUAUGGUUGGAUGCAGCAACUCAAUCGCUGUAUUUCUUGGCGUGAGCAACUAGCAUUCUUUGGUCUUUUUCACCUUAGUUUAGAAAACAAGUUCAGCAAUUGCCAUGUUGAAGCUGUUUAUAGAUAUCUUGAGAUUUAAUGUCUUUUUAGCCUUGCAUGGACUAUAUAUGCAGUUUGUUAUCUAAUUGUAGUA